GUAACACAAGAAGCUCAGGAACCUUCACAAAUUUGGUAAGAGUUUUAGAGAGAGAGAAAAAAGAAAGAGAGAGAGAGAGAGGAAGAAAGUUAAAUUAUACAAACGCCAGAUCUUCUCUCUUCAUUCUUCACCUUCACCGAUAAUUUUCCCGAGAAAAUUUUGAACAACACAGAUUUUUUUAUGAGUUUACUUGUAAUCUUUUCAUCCUCUAAAGCUAAGGGCCAACACUCCGCUUCCACCUGCCUAAAAUGUCAGGUAUUGAAGGAUUGCGGGCUUAUGAUGAAACAAGAGAUAGAAGAUCAGAUUUUGAGAACUCUGAAGAUGAGAGACGGCGAUCGAAAAUUGGGGCUCUAAGAAAGAAGGCUAUAAAUGCUUCAAAUAAGUUCACUCAUUCUCUUAAGAAAAGAGGAAAAAGAAAAAUUGACUACAGGGUCCCUUCAAUUUCAAUAGAGGACAUACGUGAUGAAAAAGAGGAGAGUGCCGUCCAGGAGUUACGCCAAAAACUCUUUGACAGGGAUUUGUUGCCCCCUAGACAUGAUGACUACUAUACCUUGUUGAGAUUCUUGAAAGCUAGGGAUUUUGACAUUGAAAAAACAAUCCAGAUGUGGGAAGAAAUGCUUAAUUGGAGGAAGGAAUAUGGAACAGACACCAUACUAGAGGAUUUUGAAUUUGAAGAGUUGGAGGAAGUCUUGCAAUAUUACCCUCACGGUUACCAUGGAGUUGACAGGGAAGGAAGGCCUGUUUACAUUGAGCUGCUUGGGAAAGCUCACCCAAGCAAGCUUAUGCGCAUUACCACAAUUGAUCGCUACUUAAAAUACCAUGUCCAAGAAUUUGAGAGGGCUCUGCAUGAGAAAUUUCCCUCGUGUUCAAUUGCAGCAAAGAGGCGGAUUUAUUCAACAACAACAAUUUUAGAUGUGCAUGGCCUGGGCAUUAAGAAUUUCACAAAGACAGCUGCAAGUCUCUUGGCAGCCUUGUCAAAAAUUGACAACGAUUACUACCCUGAGACACUACAUCGAAUGUUCAUUGUCAAUGCUGGUCCUGGCUUCAAGAAGAUGAUUUGGCCUGCUGCACAGAAAUUCCUUGAUGCAAGCACAAUCACAAAAAUACAGGUGCUGGAACCUAAAUCUUUGUCCAAAUUACUGGAAGCCAUUGACUCAAGUCAAUUGCCUGACUUCUUGGGUGGCUCAUGCACGUGUUCUGAUGAAGGAGGGUGCCUUCGGACUAAUAAGGGUCCAUGGAAUGAUCAUGAGAUAAUUAAGCUUGUAUAUAAUACAGAAGCAACAUUUACCAGAGUAUCUACCGACCAACAGAAAAUUGACUAUUAUAUUCAGAAACUCCCAUUCAAGCCCAGGGCAUCAGAUCCGACAGUCUUCUACAGUUGCGGUGAGGAUUUUAGCCAGGUUGAUAGUGCUGCUGAUGCUGAACGAGGACUGGGACAUUGUCAUGAUCAAUCACUUAAAGCCAAUGAUAGAGGGAAUUCUUCUAGUAAGGCAAUGAACAAAUCAGAAGGUAUUCCGGUGAUCCAUUGGUUUGACACUGUCCAGGAAGAAGUUGAAAAAAGGAGUUUCCGAUGUGUGGCAGCAGCACUGAUGUCUCUCAUGACCAAUCUUUUUGCGUUUAUUCGUAGGCUACCUUUAGAAUCUUUGAGAAUGCAGAACAACAUUCAUCCAUCGAAUGUGAUGGAGGACACAACGGAAAUCUCUCCACCCGGUGCUGAAGCUGUCAUUGAAGAAGAUCGUGUCCUUCCAUGUGUACAGCGUCUUCAAAGGCUAGAAAAUUUGUUGAAAGAACUAAACAAGAAGCCUGCUGAAAUUCCAUUGGAGAAAGAGCAAAUGCUUGUGCAAUCCUUGGAUCGGAUCAAGUCUGUUGAGCUUGACCUUGAGAAAACGAAGAGAGUAUUGCAUGCCACGGCAGUGAAGCAACAUGAGAUUGAACAGUUAUUGGAAAAUUUGCAGCAGUCAAAAUGCCAUCAACGAAGAUUAUUCUGUUGAAUUCUCGACACAAAGAGGUGACAUUCUGGGGGGUAUAACAAUUAGUAUUAGUUACAUACAUGCAAGAACUGCGGGGAAGACAACCCUUUUUUAUAUUUUAUAAUUUCGUUGUCUUCUUCUACAGAUACAGUGAGUACUUGGCAGAACCCACAGUUACAGGUUCUUCAUAGGUUCUUCGUCUACUCAGAUUUGAGACACUAGUGUUAGAGAAGAAAAGCCUAAUGAAAAGUUUUACGAUGCGGCGUAUUAUACGUUGGUUUCCUUUCUCUGUCAAAGUAAAUUUUGCACAUCAUUUUUUUUUUCCUGAGAAAUAAGCUGGCAACAACCACAAUUUUAGGCUAUCAACUCAAUAGCAGAUUAGUUGGGCGGAGAAGCUAACAAAAAUAGAUUAAGAUUAAAAGAAGCCAUAUUGUUUGUCAUAUGUGCCUUUUUGGUUUUUUGUGAUGCUUAAAUAAGUUAAUUUUUUGGCAUUUGGCAAGUUUUUAACUAAAAAAAUCAAAUAAAGAGCCCUUGGUUGAGAAACAGGGGUGGUCUGUUUUUCUU